CCCAAAUCGCGACGACCUCUCCACCUCAAGACAUAUUUCAAAAUGCUCCUUCAAGAGGGCAUCGUCACCGCUGCUCCGCAACGACUAGUUGCGCAACAUGCCUUCGUGCCACACUCCGUUGCGCACGCGAUGCCAGCCACCACUUGUGCGGAGACAUCCACACCCAAGUACUUUCAACCCUACGCCAAGGGUGGCAAGUCCAAGGCACCCAAGGACCCACGCUUCGAGAAGCGCACUCGUCACUUCGGCAUUGGUCAACACAUCCAGCCUCCUCGUGACCUCACUCGCUUUGUCAAGUGGCCGGAAUACGUGCAGCUGCAGCGUCAGCGCGUCGUCCUUCACCAGCGUCUCAAGGUACCCCCCGCGCUCGCCCAAUUCAGCAACACGGUUGACAAGAACACGGCAACCGCCAUCUUCAAGCUUUUCAACAAGUACCGUCCCGAGUCCAAGCUCGAGAAGAAGGAGCGUCUGUCCAAGGUCGCCUCCGAGAUCGCUGCUGGUAAGAAGGAUGCCGCCAACGUCGGACCCAAGCCCAUUCACGUCAAGUACGGUCUGAACCACGUCGUUGGUCUCAUCGAGGCCAAGAAGGCCAAGCUGGUCGUCAUCUCUUCCGACGUCGAUCCUAUUGAGUUGGUCGUUUUCUUGCCCGCUCUCUGCCGCAAGAUGGGUGUCCCCUUCCUGAUCCUCCGCAACGGCAAGUCGCGUCUCGGUGCUCUCGUGCACAAGAAGACCAGCGCGGUCGCUGCUCUGACUGACGUCAAGAGCGAGGACCAGCGUGAGCUUGCCUCCCUCGUCUCUGCUGCCAAGGCCAACGAGACUCCUCAACGCUCUUGGGGCGGUGGUUUGCGCGGCAACAAGUCUGCGCACAAGAUGGCCAAGCGUGCUAAGCUUGCGGGACAGAACGUCGUUGUCCAGCCCACUGCUGUUGACGACGAGUAGAUCAGCGCGCUGGCUCAACUUUCUGGCCUUCCGCGCGUCCGCUCUGGUUCCUGCCCGUCUCCGAGUCUUCGCAUGUCAUCUUAGCACUUCACCAAAAUUUUGUUGCGCCGACAGGUGCUCGCACAUUUCAUGUCCACCAAGCCGGGACCACGACUUGUCCCACACCAUGCCACGCUCACGUACCGCAGCGCUUUGCGCCGAGGCGUUGCAAUCGAAGCCCUUUACUAGCGCAGCUAGUAAUGUACCAUCAGCCUUUACAUCUUGUGUGGAUCGAGCGAGAGUGCGAACGGGCCCCUAGCUUAAGCUGCGA